UUUCCUCAUUUGUUUGCCGCAGCCAUGGCGGUGACGACUGACAACCACUUCCGGCGGCAAAUGGCAGCGUUAGCUAACGUCCUCCGCCGCCGUGUCGUCGAAGCAAAACCGCCUCACCUGCGGCGGCUCUUCUACAGUUUCUCGGACUUGGAAGAUCAGAAUCCGUCUCCUUCACCAUCCGUCCCAAUCAGGAAACCUUCUCUCCCGCCGCGGCACCCCUCGCCACCGGCGGACUCACUCUCGCAAAUCCUGAUACGGCACCACAACCCGUACCAUCACAUGGAGUCUUCUCUCCAGCUCAGCGGCGUCUCUCUGUCCUCGGAGUUAAUCCACCAAACCCUCCACCGUCUGAGCCACCAUUCCAAGAUCGCCCUCGCCUUCUUCAAGUACGCCCAGUCGCACCACCCUCCCGAUCGCUCUCCGCUCCUCGACACGGCGGCGUUCAAUAUCAUCAUCGAUAUUUUGUGCAAAGUUCGCCAAUUCGACGUCGCGUGGCAGAUGAUACAGCAGAUGGACACAAAUGGCAGCAAUUCCGAUUUCACGACUUUCUUCGUCCUGAUCAGGCGGCUGAUCUCCGCCGGCUUGACGAGGACCGCAAUUCGUACGUUCUACGACAUGAGCGCUUUCCUCGGCAAUGACAUCUUCGAGCCACAGUUCAGUUUCCUUUUCUGCUAUCUAAUGGACACUCUCUGUAAAUACGGAUAUGUUAAGGUGGCCAUGGAAGUAUUCAACAAGGAGAAGUAUAGACUAGAAGCUGAUGCUAAGCUGUAUACUGUUUUGAUCUAUGGAUGGUGCAAAGUGGGGAGGAUUGACAUGGGAAAGAAGUUUCUGAGUGAGAUGAUGGAGAGGAUAAUCGAGCCGAAUGUGGUUACAUACAAUGUGCUAUUGAAUGGUGUUUGUCGACGAUCUAGUUUGCAUCCAGAAGGAAGGUUUGAGAGGGUGAUCAGGGAAGCAGAGAAGUUGUUCGAACAGAUGCGCAGCCGGGGGUUGGAACCCGAUGUGACGAGUUAUUCGAUUGUGCUUCAUGUCUACAGCAGGGCACACAAGCCUCAGUUGUGCUUGGACAAAUUGGCGAUGAUGAAAGAAAAUGGGAUUUGUCCAACAGUGGCGACGUAUACUUCAGUUGUGAAGUGUCUUUGUUCUUGUGGGAGGAUGGAUGAUGCCGCAGAGUUGUUAGAUGAGAUGGUGCAAAAUGGGAUUAGUCCCCCGGCAGAAACGUACAAUUGCUUUUUCAAAGAGUAUCGCGGGAGGAAGGAUGUGGAGGGUGCAAUGAAAUUGUAUACGAGGAUGAAGGAGGAUGAUUCUUUGCUUUCGCCAGAUAUGCAUACGUAUAAUAUAUUGCUAGGAAUGUCGAUGCAAUUAGGUAAAAUGAGUCUUGUAUGGGAGAUUUGGGAGGAUAUGCUUGCUAGUGGGAUCGGGCCUGAUUUAGAUGCUUACACCAUGUUGGUUCAUGGAUUGUGUGAGAGAAGGAAAUGGAGACAGGCGUGCCAGUUUUUCGUGGAGAUGAUUGAGAAGGGGUUUCUUCCACAGAAGAUCACUUUUGAGACAUUGUAUCGUGGUUUGAUUCAAGCAGAUAUGCUGAGGACUUGGAGAAGAUUGAAACAGAAACUUGAGGAAGAAUCGAUAACUUUUGGUUCCGAAUUUAAGGAGUUUCACCUCAAGCCAUAUAAGAGAUGACAAGCAUCAUCGCGUAGCGAUUCGAGUACAUAUGUUCAGAGAUCCAAGUUGUGCAUAAACAAAAGGUAUUCAGUGGAUGUUCAUCCGUGCACAAUCAGCCGGUACCGACACUUUUCCUUAUUAGAACCUUCUACUACAUUACAACACUGUCUAGAAAAUCUUACGACUGUACGUUUCCUUGGAGCUGCUUGCACUAGCAUGGAUUGAUAUGAACAGUUUGGCUCGUAAUAAUUGUAAAUGCAUCAUAGUUGAGCUUGAACUGAAGCAAAUAAUGGACGGUCGGUCCCUUUAAGAGUGUAUAUAACAUUAUUGAAUUGAUAUAUCCAUGGAUGCCUAAGAAGGAACUUUCAUUUACAAGGCUUGGAGGCUACGGGAGAUUAACUUUAGUUUCUGACUUCAAAGAUAAAGUUUGGUUUUAUUUUAUAGGUAUGUACUUGGAUAAAAGAUGUAUAUUUUUUUAUGGACAAACAUGUGGAUCUACUUAACGAAGUUGAUGUAAGGAGGUAGAUUUUGUGCUGAAUUUAUUUCUGAACUGUACUGUUAAACGGGAUAAAAAGAUUUGUUGAACUACGUAAGAACCGUUUUAAAUUAUUGAGUAUAAAUAUACUGAAUCGUAGUGUAAGUAUGCUACUAUGCUAGAUGAACUAUGAUGUAAAUAUACUGAAUCAAAAGUGGAAGUAUAUUGAUCUGUGGUGUAAAUGGCUCGUGUAUCAGAUUUUAAUUCUUUCUAUACGAUUAAUUUUUAUGCGUUUGUUGAUCGCAUGUUGCAGCUGUUGGAUUCAUAUAUAAGUUGCGCUUCCGAAAACAGCUUAUUGAUCUUGAUUUUACACCCGUCUGUCUAAAUUCUUUCCUCAGCCUUCGAGACAUGGUAACAUCACAACUCUUACCUUCUAAUUGCCUGAGACAUCCUUUAUAAUGAGUUCUGUCGAAUUUAGUAGAAUAUAAGACAUGCUGGUUUCGGAUUUAUAUGUUUGAAAUGAUCAUCGCUCGCGACACUUGUUCUAUUUGCUAGCUCAUCAUUUAAGUAAUACUCCUCCGUCCACUUAAUAAGUUUACAUUUACCUUUUACGUCAUUGUAUUUAACACUAAAAAUAUUUUUAUAUUUGAAUAAUUUUUUUUGUAUAAACGUCAUUUUAUUAGUAUUAUAAGACACUAAUAGAAAUAUUUUUGCCAUUUUUUCUUGAUUUGUACUACAUUUUCAUAUAAUAAUUCAUAUUCAAAUAUUAACACGCAAAAAAUAAAUGUAAACUUUACAAGUGGACGGAGGGAGUAUUUUGUUGCAUCGAUGAAAUCCAGUUUAUACACAAAUAGAGUUACUGCAAUGAUGUUUAUCCUCCGUUUUCUCAUUCACCUUGGUGAACAUCUAUGCGCUUCCCGUUGCUGGUAAUUCUGCAAUUUCUUUCAAUGGCUUCCACAUGAACUUUCUCCUGCAGAUGAAACUGAAGUUACUAAACAAAUUUUUCCAGGUACAAAUGGACAUCGCUGCAAUCCUUACCAGUUGCCGCAUUCUGCAAUAACUCUGACUCUCGGCCUCAACGUCGGCAAUAUAGCAAGAAACUGCAGCUCA